AUUAAUUUCAUGUAAGUUCUUUAUAUUAUAUAAACUAUCACAAUUUCAUUCAUUAAUCUUAUCUUUUAAAGUUGGGCAAUCAAAGUUCUAGUUUUUUUCUUCUUCAAUAUCAAAAGAUGAAGUUACUUGGUUGGAUGCAUAGGAAAUUUCGACAGAAUAGUAGUGCAGAACCAUUCAAAGAUUUGGUCAUUGGGAAUUCAUGCAACUGCCUCUCAAGCCAACAAUCCCUAGAUGAAGAACACAACUAUCAUCAAAAACCGAAUUUCGGAAUCAAAUUCACCAAAAAACCACAAACCAACACCUUUCGAAAAUCAUUCGCGGGUCUAGAAUCAACCCGCGAACACCACGAAGAAGAAUUCGGAAGAGAAUCCCAAGACGACACAAUGUUCGAUCUCUUCCCCGGCUUCCUCGCCAUCGGAACCCUAGGAUCCGACACACCAACAUUUCCAAACACCUCGGUCCAAACCAUAACGGAAAACGAAGACGAAGUAACCGAAAAUGAUCUCAAACUCAUCAACGACGAGCUCGAGAAAGUCCUUGUCGCUGAAACAAAAGACGAUGUUAUAAGUUACGAUUCAUCGAGCCGAAACAGCCACGUCAGCACCGGGAGAAGCAGCCAUGUUAGCAUAAUAACAAUAAGUGGAAAACCAAUAGAAGGAACCCCAACCGCAACCGCAACAGCAACAGCAACAACGUUAACGGAUUCAUAUUCAAAUGCUGUUUGUCCUUUACAAGGCUAUUUGUUUGGAACAACGGUUGAGUAUUCUGAAACAGCUGCUGCUAGUGUUGGUGGUGGGAAGAAAGAACAUAGGACUUCGCUUGGUGAGUUGUUUCAGAGAAGUAAAUUGGCUGAAGAGAAUGGUUUUGGGAAAGAUGAGAAGAGAGAUGUUGAGAAAUAUUCUGCUAUGAAUUUGAUGAAAGAGAAAGUGAAGAAAAGAAUGUUUCAUUCUUGUUCUAAGAAUUCUUCUUCUGUGAAUGGUGGAAAUGUUGAUUCUGCUUCUGCUGAAACAAAACUCAAUAAGAUACUCCAUAUGUUCAGGAAGAAAGUUCAUCCAGAAAAUUCAACAACUGGACACAAAUCUGGAAAGCAUAAAAAGAAUGAGAACAAGAAGAAAAUGAUGAAUGAUGGAGGCUACAACAAAGGCUAUCUUGUUCAUCCAGAUGAAGAUUCAUCUUCUUACAGGGAGCAUUGGAUCAAAACAGAUGCAGAUUAUUUAGUUCUAGAGCUUUGAAAAGAAAUGAAGAUAUUGAACUGUUUCAAGCUGUUAUCCUCUAUUAGUAAUGUGUAAUGUGGUGUUUGUAUUUAUAUAUUGUGAUCUUAUAAUUCAUCACUACUGUUUGUGACAAAUACCAAACUUUUAUGUUAUAAUGUGAAGCAGUUUGGGUUGAUAUAUGGAAUAAUAAUUGAGGUAGUCAUUUCCUAUGUCUUACCUCAUUGUGUGUAUCUAUGAAAUGGAUGGUUUAUCUAUAAUUAAUUAUAGUAAUGGAUUAGAUAUUGAGUUGACA